AUGGCGAAGGUGCACCCGAACUUGGCCGUGCCGUCUCUGGGGAUGGUGGCGGCGGCGGCCCGCGACGAUGAGCCGGUGACACUGACGGUGUGGCGCAAGUCGCUGCUCUUCAACUGCCGGGGGUUCACGGUGUUCGACGCCAGCGGCAACCUGGUGUACCGCGUGGACAUCUACGCGUCCGACUCCCGCGCCGAGGUGGUGCUCAUGGACGCCGCGGGGCGCCCCGUGCUCACCGUCCGCCGCAAGAAGGCCAUCAGCCUCUUGGGCGACCAGUGGCUGGUCUUCCCCGGCGAGGAGACGCGCGCGCCGCCGCUCUACGCGGUGAAGCGCACGCCGCAGUACAUGCGCGGCGGCGGCAAGUCGACGGCGCACGUGGCGGCGUGCGGGGGCGCCGCGGGCGGCGCGCGGUACGAGGUGGAGGGGUCUUACGCGCGGCGGUGCUGCGCGGUGUACGACGAGCAGCGGCGCGCGGUGGUGGAGGUGCAGCCCAAGGAGGCGGUAGGCACGGACGUGUUCCGGAUGGUGGUGCGGCCGGCGGGCAUGGACGUGUCGCUGGCCAUGGCCGUCGUGCUCGCGCUGGACCAGAUGCUGGGGAGGCCGGGGCUCCUCAGGAGCUGGUCCUCGUAG